AUGCCGUGUGCAGGCGCGGAGCUCCCAGCCUCAGCCGUCCUGUCUCUGCUCCGAGCGCCGGCGCGGCCGCGGCCCGGCUCUCCCUCCGCGGGCGGUGCGUGUGGGCCGGCGGAAACCCCGCUCCACUCGACUUUGUACCGCUGCUCGCACUUAGCAGGCGCUGCGGGACUCGGAAUCCCGGGUGCCAGCGACAGCCUCGCCGCCUCCUCCUCCUCCUUCCCCACCUCCUCCUCCUCCUCCUUCCCCACCUCCUCCUCCUCCACCUCCUUCCCCACCUCCUCCUCCUCCGGAGCGGGGUGCAUGAUGGCGGCAGCUGCUGUGGCGGAGGUGAGCAGCGCCGGCAGCAGCAGCACGGACACUUCCAGCACGGGCGAGGAGGAGAGGAUGAGGCGCCUCUUCCAGACGUGCGACGGCGAUGGGGAUGGCUUCAUCAGCAGGAAUGACUUGAUGAUGGUGUGCCGCCAGCUGAAUAUGGAGGCAUCUGUUGCAGAGAUCAUGCACCAGCUGGGAGCAGAUGAAAAUGGAAAAAUUUCAUUCCAGGAUUUUAGUCAAUGCCGCAUGGAACUGGUACAGGAAAUCAAGAAGGAGGAAGUGCAGCUUUCUGUGAAAUCGGAUGACUCUUGUAAAAAGAAAAAGUUAAGGGAUAGAGUAGCUUCCUGGCCARCUAGCAGCAAUAACAGUUUAGGUACCUACAUUUCAGGAGCCAGAGAAAGCUGGGAAUAUGAUUCAGGAGCGAGAGACCUUCAGAGUCCGGACCUCCAGAGUCACUUUAUGCAACAAAAGGUGUCAGAGUGUGGUGGAAGCAAUGUGACUCAACAGGCUGCUCUGAAAAGACUUCUAGCUCAGACCUCAAAUUUUAGCAGCUCUGUUGGAGGAAGCUACUUAGAACUUGCCAACACUCUUCAUUUAGCAGCCCUGGCUUCAUUAAAGGGGGACAUUGUGGAGCUUAAUAAACGUCUACAACAAACAGAAAAGGAGCGUGACCUGCUAGAAAAAAAAUUGGCAAAAGCACAGUGCGAGCAAUCCCACCUGAUGAGAGAGCAYGAAGAUGUGCAGGAGCGAACAACGCUGCGCUAUGAGGAGCGGAUCACGGAGCUGCACAGCAUCAUUGCUGAGCUCAACAAGAAAAUUGAUCGACUGCAGGGAGCAACAAUAAGGGAGGAGGAUGAGUAUUCAGAACUGCGGUCAGAGCUCAGCCAAAGCCAGCAGGAGGUUAACGAAGACUCACGCAGCAUGGACCAGAACUCUGUCUCAGUGCCAGAGAACCAGUCCACCAUGGUCACUGCAGAUGUGGAUAACUGUAGUGACUUGAAUUCAGAACUGCAGAGAGUGCUGACAGGUCUGGAAAAUGUUGUCUGUGGGAGGAAGAAAAGCAGCUGCAGUUUAUCGGUGGCAGAAGUGGACAGACACAUUGAACAACUCACUACUGCCAGUGAACAUUGUGAUUUAGCUAUUAAGACCGUGGAGGAGAUUGAGGGUGUGCUGGGACGAGACCUUUAUCCAAACCUGUCUGAGGAGAGAUCUCGGUGGGAGAAGGAGCUGGCUGGCCUGCGGGAAGAGAAUGAGAGCCUCACAGCCAUGCUGUGCAGCAAGGAAGAGGAGCUCAACAGGACUAAGGCCACCAUGAAUGCUGUCCGUGAGGAGAGGGACAGACUGCGUAGAAGGGUCCGGGAGCUGCAGACUCGUUUGCAAAGCGUGCAGGCCACAGGCCCUUCCAGCCCGAGCCGUCUCACUCCUGCCAACCGCCCCGUCAACCCCAGCACGGGAGAGCUGAGCACCAGCAGCAGCAGCAACGACAUUCCCAUUGCCAAGAUUGCUGAAAGAGUGAAGUUGUCAAAGACAAGAUCAGAGUCUUCAUCAUCUGAUAGACCUGUCUUAGGAUCAGAAAUCAGCAGCAUAGGGGUGUCUAGUACUGUGGCUGAACAUUUGGCACAUUCCCUCCAAGACUGCUCAAACAUCCAGGAAAUCUUCCAGACACUCUAUUCACAUGGAUCUGCUAUCUCUGAGAGUAAAAUCCGAGAGUUUGAAGUGGAGACGGAGAGACUAAAUAGCCGUAUAGAACACCUGAAAUCCCAGAAUGACUUGUUGACAAUAACACUGGAGGAAUGCAAGAGCAACGCAGAGAGGAUGAGCAUGCUUGUGGGGAAGUACGAGUCCAAUGCCACAGCCCUCAGGCUGGCUCUGCAGUACAGUGAACAGUGCAUAGAAGCAUAUGAGCUGCUGUUGGCAUUGGCAGAAAGUGAGCAGAGUCUCAUUCUUGGGCAAUUCAGAGCUGCAGGUGUUGGUUCUGUUGGGGACCAGACGAGUGAUGAAAAUGUCACACAGAUGCUUAAGAGGGCUCAUGACUGCAGGAAGACAGCUGAGAAUGCAGCAAAAGCCUUGCUGAUGAAACUGGACGGGAGCUGUGGGGGAGCCUAUGCAGUCACAGGCUGUAGCGUGCAGCCCUGGGAAAGCCUUUCCUCCAACAGCCACACCAGCACUACCAGCUCAACUGCAAGCAGUUGUGACACAGAAUUCACGAAGGAGGAUGAGCAGCGGCUGAAGGAUUACAUCCAGCAGCUGAAAAAUGACAGGGCAGCAGUGAAACUGACAAUGCUGGAGCUGGAAAGCAUCCACAUUGAUCCCCUUAGUUAUGACGUUAAGCCACGUGGAGACAGCCAGAGGCUUGACCUGGAAAAUGCAGUCUUGAUGCAAGAACUCAUGGCAAUGAAGGAGGAGAUGGCAGAGCUCAAGGCACGGCUCUAUCUGCUGGAGAAGGAGAAGAAGGCAUUAGAAUUGAAGCUGAGCACUCGAGAGGCCCAGGAGCAGGCCUACCUUGUCCAUAUUGAACACUUGAAGUCUGAAGUGGAAGAACAAAAAGAGCAGAGAAUGAGGUCUCUCAGCUCAACCAGCAGYGGAAGCAAAGACAAACUGGGCAAGGAAUGGAGUGAUGGCACUGCAACACCGCUCACACUUGCUGAGCUGAGACCAUACAACGAGAGUGAGCUGACUGCUGAGCUGACAAAUGCACUCAGGAGGGAGAAGAAACUGAAAGCAAGAGUGCAGGAGUUAGUGAGUGCUUUGGAGAGACUCACGAAAAGCAGUGAAGUAAGACAUCAGCAGUCUGCAGAAUUUGUUAAUGACCUUAAAMGGGCAAACAGUAACUUGGUAGCAGCUUAUGAAAAAGCAAAGAAAAAGCAUCAAAACAAGCUGAAGAAACUGGAAUCACAAAUGAUGGCCAUGGUGGAGAGGCACGAAACCCAAGUAAGAAUGCUCAAACAAAGAAUAGCUUUACUGGAAGAAGAGAACUCCAGACCACACACCAAUGAAACUUCACUGUAAAGGCAUCUCUUUAAAGGAUGUUUAGUGCCAUUACAACUUUAUUUCUUUUGAAGGUUGAAUUUUAGGUAGCUUCAAAUGCUAAAAGCUCUGAUUGUCAAUGCUGACAAAACUUAAAUGCACCUUCCCUGGGAUCCCAGAGAGGUGUAAUGGGGAUAUAAAAGCGUUAACCUUAAGGACUGUUUCAUAAUGUAAAAUGGCAGUGCCUGAAUUACCAUGCUAUAAUUGUACAUUGUCUGUGUUGUUAUGUCUAUAUUAAUACAGCUUCUCUUCCAUUUUGUCUGUGUCCUGUGGGUGACAGAGUAUAGCAGAAUAAUUCACGUUAAGAGGUUUUCAUUUGGGUACUUUGGAGAUCAUGUCAGAGUUUUCCCAGUCUGAGCUCCCUCUGUACACAAGUCCAUUCUGUACCCUCAAGACUCACUGUUGUGGUUACACCACCAAACAGGCAGCUGCAGAGUGGGGAGAUGACAGCCUGGCUGGCUUUUUUUUGCACCCUUCUUGCAGUUCUGCUGCUCACAGUGCAGGUCAGGUAGGAAAACUGUUGCUGAUUUGAGAAAAUAAACAAGAAAGUGUAGUUGCAUCUCUGAAAAUUAUAAUAAAGGUGUGUUUCUUACAGUACACAAGAGAGCCAAAGGCUGUGAGUUUCACCAUGCCACAGAAACAGUCUGUGCCAAGGGUGGAUAAAAAAUUACAGGGACCUCCUGGUAUUUGUAUUGCAUGGUGUUUGCAACUACUUUGUGAAAAAAAAGUUGCUUUUUCUUGCUAUGUACGCUAUAUCCAAGGUUUUCUUUAAGAAGCUGGGCCAUUUUUGUCACGUGUAUUGUGCUUAUUACAGCUUACUGUGAUCAAGAGGUAGGAUGUCUUUUUUUACUUUUUUUUUUUGACCAAAAAAGGUACGUGUAAGGAAUGUACCUGUUCAAUAUUGAAUACAUAGGCACAAAACUAUAAAUGUGUAGAUGUAUGGAUAUCCAGCCACAAACAGAAUGUGAAUGGUGAAGUCUUACAACUUCUUUGGUUAGCUUUUGUUCCUGCUAACAUUCUUUUGUUUAAAUCACGUAUUACUGUAUUAUCAAACUGACUGAAGUGCAAAUUUGGCUUGUUAGGUUAAUGAACAUUGAGCAAAUCAUGGGGAUCAGGUURAUUUCUGUAGGGGUCAAAAUACAGAAAUCUGCCAUAGCACCUGUUAUAUUCAGAAUUUGCUUAUUUUUGAUGGAGUAUGUAAAACAGCUUCAUGUGUGUUUUAACAAGCCAAGCUAGAGUCCCUUCACUGUGUUAGCCUGCUGCUAUGUUAUGCCUCUGCUUUGCAUUUUCCAGGCUGAUUUCCAGUGAAUCUGAUUUUAGGAGAUGUUUAUCCUUUUUUGCUUUACAUGUUGAGUUUCACCUCAAGUUUUACUAGUGUAUUUAGAAUUAUGAUAGCUUCUCUCAUUUACUCCUCCCAUUACUAGUACUAAGGAAAUACUUUUAGAGGACUGUUUUUUGCCUACUGUUGGGUUAGGUCAGGCAGACAACCCAGUUGUGCGGAUGUGUUCAGAACAUGGCAUUAUUGUUACAUCUUGAUAACAUCUGGAACUGUAGCAGCUGGAGUUCCCUCUCACUACUAUAGCUGAAGUCUGAUACAUCAUCUACAAAGCCAGCAUCAUACGUGAUUGAUGGCAAUAGCAAAUUAAAACAACUCUAAUUUCAAAACUUUUAGGUAGUGAUGUUCUGAUUUUGAUCAAUCCUCUUCCUUAAAAUAAUUGCACUUCUUAAUUUAUAAUGUGAAUAGAAAUUUUUGUGUGUGAGUCUCUUCAAGGGAGGAGGCACAUGGAUUUCUUCUGUCUUUGUGGUUCUGCUUAGCAGUUCUCUGUGGUGUUUCCCUUUCUGGGCCAAAUUUUCUCACCCACARGAAGAUGGGGGUUUGCCAUCAGCCUCAGUAUAGUUGAGCACACUUGUUCUGGAGAAACACAAAGGAAAAUAUCCACUUUCCAAGUGCUGAGGCAGAAACGCAGUUUCACUUUUGUUUUCUGGCAUCUGAAGCACCCAUGUGACUUGAGGUCAUCUCAGAAUGCCCAUGUGAAAUACCUUUCACUGAAGAGGACCAGAAACCACUACUCUUAGGCUCAGUUUUUUUCCUGUUUAGAAUAAUAAUCAGAAAAUGGUUUGGAUUGGAAGGGACUUUAAAAAUCAUCUUGUCACAACCCUUUUCUGUGGGCAGGGACAUCUUCCACUGGAUGAGGUUGCUCCAAGCCCCUUCCAACGUGGCUUUGGACACUUUCAGGGAUGGGGCAACCACAGCUGUCCUGCGCAACUUGUGCCAGGGUCUCAGUAUCCUCACUGAGGAUACUGAAACAAGAGUUUCUUCCAUAAAAAAAUUCAGAUACUUUGUUAUACAGAGGCAUAAAAGCUUUAGCCUCACUGCCUUUUCCAGGUGUAACCAUGUGCUGGUUCUGUUUGUGAUGUGGUGACAUUUAUCACAUAUCCUCCCUGCCAACUGUGCUCUGAAGUGCUUUAGAAUAAUUUAUAAAUCAUCAGUAGAUGUUAACCACUCCCAAUUUUUUCCCAUAGGAGUUGUAGAUGAGAAAGCAGCAUGGUACCAUCCAGCAGUGGCCAGUUUGCYAGACCACCAGUUUAUUUGUCUCAGCAAGCAGCUACUGCCUCAUUUGCUGGCAUACUGGAAAGACCAACAGGGGAGUGGUCACAGAUUUAAGGUUAUUGUAAAAACUGUUCUAUAGUGAUAAUUAGCUGCGGCUUCAUUAAAAGGGCACCAACCCUCAGAAAAAAUGCCAAAUAUACUCCCAACUCCUUUUAUCCCACUCUGAAGUACCAGCACACCAGAAAUACCUGAGUGUGCAAUGUGUUGUGAGUUACAACAACUUAACUCUUUUAACACUUGUUGCAGAAAUUAUUAAAUUUGCAAAGCAAGAAAAAGAAGUGGUUCUUGCCAACGUAAGUCCAUUCAUUGAUAAAUGUUUGGACUUUUUGAUUUUGUUAAGUCACCAGAGUGCAUGAAACUUUAUAUUUCACAGAGUGCUCAGAAAAAAAGUCUACUUUUUCUCCAAUUCUGUGUAUAAAUCUUCACCAGCUUGAAUGUACUGUUAGCUAUUGCAAAGCACAUGUGACUAAGUUUGCAUUCAUGUCAAUAUCGUUCUACUGGUUUUAUUAGAAUUUUCUCUUCCUUUAAUACUGCACCCCGCAUUGUAACUUUAGAGACUUCUCACCUUACUGAAUUAGCUUUAAAUGUGUUGCUACCUUUUAGUUUCCUAGCAGCUGUAAAAUAGCUAUUUUGUGUUCAUUUGAUAUAGAAUUGUAAAAAACUGCAUUUAUUUAUACAGAGGCAUUUAUAAUACUUAUUUUCAAAUGUUCUUAUAUUCUGAAUAAAUUUCUAAUGCUG